GGAGCAGAGAGGUUCAGCAAGAAGGGACGUAAGAGGCUUGACAGUAGGGCAGAAGAGGCAAAUAUGUCUGGAGUCUCUGAAGGGAAAUCCAAAAAAGAGAGUCGCACACUCUCUGACUUCAAUUCCCUGAUCUCCAGCCCAAGACUUGGCAGCAGGGAAAAGAAGAAACCUAAAGGGCAGAAAGAGCCGUUGAACAAGGCCAAGAAACUGAGUAGGACCUCCAAUGAGUUCCAGGACAGCUCUGAGAGUGAGCCUGAGCUCUUCAUCAGUGGUGACGAGUUGAUGAACCAAAGCCAGAGCAGCAAGAAAGGAUGGAAGAGCAAACGCAAUCUUCGUACAGCAAACGAACUUGAGGAAAUCAAGUGCCGUAAAGCUAACGAGAGAGAGGAUCGUAGUCUUGGCAGCCAAGGCUUUGUCUAUGUCAUGGCCAACAAGCAGCCAUUGUGGAACGAAGCCACCCAGGUUUACCAGCUUGACUUUGGAGGACGGGUGACACAGGAGUCAGCCAAAAACUUUCAGAUUGAGCUUGAUGGACGCCAGGUAAUGCAGUUUGGCAGAAUCGAUGGCAAUGCAUAUAUCCUGGAUUUUCAGUAUCCAUUCUCAGCAGUACAGGCAUUUGCUGUGGCCUUGGCCAAUGUAACUCAGAGACUUAAAUAGAAAACCUCUCCAGCAAUCUUGUCCUCGAGUACAGAUGGACUGAAAAAGAGUUUAUUGUUAAUUGCAGAUUGUGAGAAAAAUUACAUUCUCUGCUGCCAUGACGUCUGUGCAAUGUCGGUUAGUAGCUGAGAGAUCUGGUCACUCUCAGGCAACGCGUACACAAGACGUAGACAGGUGGUCCGAAAAUAGAUGUAGUGCUUUAAAGUACCUUUUUGUUAACAAAGGUACAAGCUGAUUUAAGGUUCCACCUAAAAGGUGGUUGGUAUACAUCUGAAAAAAGUUAAUAUUUGUGUAU